AAAUAUCCGGGAGAUUGGGUGGAAAGGGCAAGUCUGUGAAGAGAUGGGGUCUGGUGGAGGCUGAGAGGAAUGAAAGGAUCUAGGAAUGAGUCCUGAACCGCGUCAGGGGUGAAGUCUCCCCGACCAUGACCUCCACCGGCCAGGACUCCACCACAACCAAGCAGCGAAGAAGUAGGCAGAACCCCCAAUCGCCCCCGCUUGACUCCAACAUCAUCUCGAAGCCAGGUGUUAAGGGUGCCGGACUCCGCUCCAGCCCCAAACUAGCGGAGGUAAAGAAGAAAGGCAGAAUGAAGAAACUCAGCCAAGCACCAGAGCAAGACCUAAUUGUGGGGCUUCAAGGGCUGGAUCUGAAUCUUGAGGCCAAGACACUGCCUGGUACUGGCUUGGUGUUCGAUGAGCAGCUAAAUGAUUUCCACUGCCUCUGGGAUGACAGCUUCCCUGAAGGCCCAGAACGGCUCCAUGCCAUCAAGGAGCAGCUAAUCCGGGAGGGCCUCCUGGACCGCUGUGUGUCCUUUCAGGCCCGAUUUGCUGAAAAGGAGGAGCUGAUGUUGGUUCACAGCCUAGAAUACAUUGAUCUGAUGGAGACGACCCAGGACAUGAGUGAGGGAGAACUCCGCGUCCUAGCGGACACCUAUGACUCAGUUUAUUUGCAUCCGAACUCAUACACCUGUGCCUGCCUGGCUUCAGGCUCUGUCCUCAGGCUGGUGGAUGCGGUCCUGGGGGCCGAGAUCCGGAAUGGCAUGGCCAUCAUCAGACCUCCUGGACACCAUGCCCAGCACAGUCUUAUGGAUGGAUAUUGCAUGUUCAACCAUGUGGCCGUGGCUGCUCGCUACGCUCAAGUGAAGCACCGCAUUCAGAGAGUCCUUAUUGUGGAUUGGGAUGUGCACCAUGGUCAAGGAACACAGUUCACUUUUGACCAGGACCCCAGUGUACUCUAUUUUUCCAUCCAUCGCUAUGAGCAGGGUCGGUUCUGGCCCCACCUGAAGGCCUCUAAUUGGUCCACCAUAGGUUUUGGCCAAGGCCAGGGAUAUACCAUCAAUGUGCCUUGGAACCAGGUGGGGAUGCGAGAUGCCGACUAUAUUGCUGCUUUCCUGCGAGUCCUGCUGCCCGUCGCCCUUGAGUUCCAGCCCCAGCUGGUCCUGGUGGCCGCUGGAUUUGAUGCCCUCCAAGGAGACCCCAAGGGUGAGAUGGCUGCCACUCCAGCAGGGUUUGCCCAGCUAACCCACCUGCUCAUGGGUCUGGCAGGAGGCAGGCUGAUCCUGUCUCUGGAGGGUGGCUACAACCUUCGCUCCCUGGCUGAGGGCGUCAGCGCCUCACUCCACACUCUUCUGGGUGACCCUUGCCCCAUGCUGGAGUCCCCUGGUGCCCCCUGUGCAAGUGCCCUGUCAUCAUUGUCCUGUACUCUGGAAGCCCUGGAGCCCUUCUGGGAGACGCUUAUGAGAUCAGAUGGCACCCUGGAGGGGGACCAUGCGGAGGGGUCCAGCGUGGAGGAGGAAGAGGAAGGACCAUGGCCACCCCAAGCUCUCCCAAUUCUGAUGUGGCCGGUGUUGCAGGCUCGCACAGGGCUGGUCUAUGACCAGCGAAUGAUGGAUCACUAUAACUUGUGGGACAACCACCACCCCGAGAUGCCCCAGCGUGUCUCCCGGAUCAUGUGUCGUCUGGAGGAGCUGGGCCUUGCCGGGCGCUGUCUCAUCCUGCCUGCACGCCCUGCCACAGACGCUGAGCUGCUCACCUGCCACAGUGCUGAGUAUGUGGGCCGUGUACGGGCCACAGAGAAAAUGAAAACCCGUGAGCUGCACCGCGAGAGCUCCAACUUUGAGUCCAUCUACAUCUGUCCCAGCACCUUUGCCUGCGCACAGCUGGCCACUGGUGCCGCAUGCUGUCUUGUGGAGGCUGUGCUGGCGGGAGAGGUUUUGAAUGGUGUUGCUGUGGUGCGUCCUCCCGGCCACCACGCAGAGCAGGAUGCUGCUUGUGGUUUCUGCUUUUUCAACUCUGUGGCUGUGGCUGCUCGCCAUGCCCAGGCCAUCAGUGGGCACGCACUGCGGGUCCUGAUUGUGGACUGGGAUGUGCAUCACGGUAACGGAACUCAGCACAUAUUUGAGGAGGACCCCAGCGUGCUCUACAUUUCCCUGCACCGCUAUGAUCAUGGCACCUUCUUUCCCAUGGGGGAUAAGGGCGCCAGCAGCCAGGUGGGCCGGUCUGCGGGCACGGGCUUUACCGUCAAUGUGGCAUGGAAUGGGCCUCGCGUGGGUGACUCCGAGUACCUGGCUGCUUGGCAUCGUCUGGUGCUCCCCAUUGCCUAUGAGUUUAACCCGGAACUGGUAUUGGUCUCGGCUGGCUUUGAUGCCGCAUGGAGAGACCCGCUGGGGGGCUGCCAGCUGUCACCUGAGGGCUAUGCCCACCUCACCCACCUGCUGAUGGGCCUUGCCGGUGGCCGCAUUAUCCUAAUCCUAGAGGGUGGCUAUAACCUGACAUCCAUUUCGGACUCCAUGGCUGCCUGUACUCGCACCCUCCUUGGGGACCCGCCACCCCUGCUGACCCUGUCACGGCCCCCACUAUCAGGGGCCCUGGCCUCUAUCACUGAGACCAUCCAAGUCCAUCGCAGAUACUGGCGCAGCUUGCGGGCCACAAAGGUCGAAGACAAGGAAGGACCCUUCAGUUCUACAUCAGCCACCGAGGAAGCAAUCCAAGCAGCCAAUCCUGGAUCAACGGAGAGGCUGACUGCGCCAGAAGGGUCCGAUCUAGAUGCAGGCACGGGGAAGGCUACCCCAGCACCCUCUGUGCAAGAGUCCACUCCAGCCCAGACUAACCCAGAGACAGUUGUGGCACAGCUCACUAAGGACCAGUCUCCAGAGGCAGCCACAGGGGGAGCCACGCUGGACCAGACCACCUCAGAGGCAGCCACACCAGACCAGACUACCUCAGAGGCAGCCACACCAGACCAGACCACCUCAGAGGCAGCCACACCAGACCAGACCACCUCAGAGGCAGCCACACCAGACCAGACCACCUCAGAGGCAGCCAGACCAGACCAGACCACCUCAGAGGCAGCCACACCAGACCAGACCACCUCAGAGGCAGCCACACCAGACCAGACUACCUCAGAGGCAGCCUCAGGGGGAGCCACGCUGGACCAGACCACCUCACAGAAGCCUGUGGGAGGAGCUGAGCUGAUUCAAACCACUGAAGCCUCACGUGCUGACAACCAGACUCCUCCAACCUCACCUGUGCAAGGAGCCACACCCCAGAUAUCCUACAGUCCGCCGGUUGGGAAUCUCAGGACCUCGGAACUAGGCAACAAGGCUCAGGAGGCCCCAGAGCCCCAGGCUGCAGAAGAAGAGAGGCCGCUAGGAGAGACAGCUGGAGGUCAGGACAUAGAUGAUUCAGUGCAGGCCGUUGGGGACACUGACCAGGCUACAUUUUAUGCUGUGACACCACUGCUCUGGUGUCCCCAUUUGGUGGCAGUAUGCCCCAUACCUGAAGGAGGCCUGGAUGUGACCCAACCUUGUCAGGAGUGUGGAACACUCCAGGAGAACUGGGCAUGUCUGUCUUGCUACGAGGUCUACUGCAGCCGUUACGUCAAUGCCCAUAUGCUCCAGCACCAUGAAAGGUCAGGACACCCGCUGGUCCUCAGCUAUGUUGACCUGUCUGCCUGGUGUUACGAAUGUCAGGCCUAUGUUCACCACCAGGCUCUCCUGGAUGUGAAGAACAUCGCCCACCAGAACAAGUUUGGGGAAGACAUGCCCCACUCACACUAACUCCUAGAACAUGCUCCUCUUCACCUUCCGAGGCCCAAGAUAGACCAGCCUUAGUUCAUUCCCACCUGUUCCUUGGAUGAGGGGCAGCUUCAGUCCAUCCCCCCUGAAAACUCUUUAUAACUCCCCAAGGGUGCUGAUUUAAGUUUAAAUACCUGUCCGAGGACAAUGUUGAUGAAUUGUAGCUCUCCCCCUGCCCACUGCUUGCUCCAGGGAAUCUAUCUCCUCUGCCCCAAAAAGAAAGGAGACAGCUCAGUGGCCCCAAGAGGGGACUCAAGAUGACACUUUGGAGGGGGGAGGAACCAACUGGCAGGUGUGGUGGGGUUGCAUAUGUAAUACUGCAUAUGUAAUAAAGUACAAACUGUU